AUGCCUGACCUGCACACACUACCCGAAGGCACCAGGCCUGUCGAUGCCGUUCGCAACAACGGGCCGGAUAACCUCGUGAUUGAGCGACUCAAACUCCGCGAGCUUGCAGAAGGCUGGCCAUGUUACCGUGAUGCAUGCGAGUGGGAUAAUUUCCUUUCCAUAUUCCACCCUGAUGCCUACGUCUACACCACCUGGUCCGGCCGCGUCCCGUACCGGGAUUUCAUAGCCGGAUCCCAGGCGGGCAUGGACAAGGGUGCCUUCAUCAUGCAUCGAUGCCAUGGUUCGACCACAGACAUCACGCAGGACGCCACCCGCGCCGUCACCAAGCUCAAGGCGACGAUCACACAGCGGUUCACCAUUGACGGAUGUGAGGUCGAUGCCGAGGCUGACUGCCGCUUCUGCUUCUUCUUUGAGAAGAUUGAUGGACGAUGGGGCGCCCGUUUCGUCCGCCACUGGUAUGAGAAGGACAAGCUUAUUCCGGUUAACCCGAACAAGGUACCCAAAGUGGAUGAGCAGAAGCUGAACUCGUAUCCUGAGGGGUACAAGUGUUUGGCGUACUGUCAGGAGCUGACAAUGGGUGUUACCGUGUCCAAGGACAUGCCAGGCCACCGGAGGCAUGCGGGCACGGCGUCUGGUGAAAAACACGAUCUCCUUUACCGACAAGCAAAGGAUUGGCUAGAUGGAAAGAAGAUAGAAGUC